ACAAAAUAUAUAUGUAUAUGUACUUAUACCUACAACUACACUUCUCUUUUGCUUUUGACUUGGCUAGUUGGCUCAUGCUUUACUGCUGCAUGGCCUGAUGUGUUUGUGCUUUUAGAUAGUGUUCUAUUCUACUAUACGAGAAUAACGAGAGGAAAAUGAGUUGAUCUGCAAUACAGUAGUCACGGGACGUAGUAGUGCGGAAAUUGUCUGUUUGCUCGACUCUCGUCAUAAGUCUGGCAAAUUAUCAAAUCACUGGAAUUAUUGAUCCAAUCCUUGGAGCCAUUUUAUGUGAAGCAAGAAACUAGAAUUAGUAAUCAUGACAGCUGGUACUAGUUUGGUUGUACCUAUAGUACUGUGGGGACGUAUAGCCCCUACACACUGUAUUUCAUGUAUAUAUCUGUCAAAAGACCAAAAAACUUUGGUAACUGGCUGUUACGAUGGACAAAUUUGUUUAUGGCAAGUGGACCCUGAAACUCUCAAGAUGACUCCAAGGUGUUUACUAGUGGGUCACACAGCUCCAAUUAUGUGCCUUACUCGAGCUAGUAUUAUCCAAGAGCAGAAUUUUAUAGUGAGCAGUAGUGAAAGUGGAGAGAUGUGCACUUGGGAUUUGGUUGAUGGAAAAUGUCGCGAAAAUGUCAAACUCAACUACAUUCACACACAGAUUUUACCUUAUGUUUCUGCUGGAGGAGAUGAUGUGAGAUUGUUCUGUUCAGGGUACUAUCCCGAAGUAUUAGUCAUGGAUCCUUUUAGUUUAGAAAUAUUAUUCACUCUGAGUUCAAAAGUCAAUCCAGACUGGAUUAGUGCUGUACAUGUUCUUCGACCGGCCCAACGGAAAGGUCGGUUCUACGUGCACACAAAUGACGUCGUCUUGGCUUUAACGACAACGGGAACCGUCAAAGUCUGGACGCUUUCGGGGCAUGAAAAUCGCCAUAGCGAACCCUUGUACGAAAACGAAAGCAAGCAAAUUAGGUGUUUAAAUGCACUGUCAAUGAUAUGCUGUCCGGAUAAUCAACGAACAGUGCUCAUAGUAUGUUCCAAGUAUUGGCAGAUAUACGAUGCUGGAGACUUUUCUGUUCUCUGCUCUGUGACUGCACCUCGAGGAGAAAGAUGGAUGGCUGGCGAUUUUCUAUCCGCCGAUCGCGUCAUUGUCUGGAGUGACGAGGGUCAUGGUUAUUUAUACAAACUACCGGCCAAGGCUAUUACACAUCUUGAAAGCAGCGUAGCGGACAACAAGAGUUUCCAUUCUCAAUCGGCAGAAUCCGACCAACCAUACUUAUACUGCACGCUAACUCAACCUGGUGACAAGCCUCUGUCGUGUCCACCUGCGAUGCGACUGGUUACGGCACACCGUGGGAACAAAACGGUGAAGUAUCUGCUGCGCGGCGAUAGCGAGGGAGUCGUGAUGCUAUGGACGGUACCGGAGAUGACGGGCCAGCAGCUGUCCCAGAUGAACCAAAUAAACGGCUCGCCGCCAAUGCUGCCCCCAACUCUCAAGACGAGCUUGACUCUGGCUUGGGAGGCAAUGAAACCUUCGCCAGUUGGCAUCUUGGAUCAGCUGGACAGCGGCGACGGGCACGGAAUCAAGCUGACUACCAGCAUUUAUUUGCCCCAACAGAGCCGACUAGUCGUCGGUCGAGAAGAUGGGAGUAUAAUAAUCGUUCCAGCGACGCAGACUGUGAUGUUGCAACUUUUGCAUGGAAACCACCAGCAAUACGAUGACUGGCCUCCGCACCAGGUUCUUCUUGGCCAUUCUGGUCGUGUCAAUUGCCUACUGUAUCCUCACGGUGCGUCACCCAGAUACGACAAGUCGCAUUUAGUUUCCGGUUCUGUAGAUUUUGCCAUCUGCUUGUGGGAUUUGUAUGCUGGAACUUUGAUUCAUCGUUUCUGUGUUCACGCUGGUGAAAUCACACAACUACUGGUUCCUCCAGACAACUGCAGUCCAAGAAUCCAAAAGUGUGUCUGCAGCGUAGCUUCGGAUCAUAGUGUAACAUUGUUGUCCUUGGCAGAAAGAAAAUGUGUAGUCUUGGCCUCGCGUCAUUUAUUUCCCGUGGUUACGAUCAAGUGGCGGCCGUUUGAUGAUUUUAUGAUUGUGGGCUGCUCUGACGGAGCUGUUUACGUUUGGCAAAUGGAAACAGGUCAUUUGGAUCGAGUUUUGCAUGGAAUUAUUGCAGAAGAGGUACUGUUUGCUUGUGAUGAGAAUAUUAUGAUGGUAUCUGGAGCCACAGGAACUGGAGAUCUAGGCCUGGCGAAUCCAGCAGUCCACUUUUUCAGAGGUUUGAGGCACAGAAAUUUAUCGGCGAUUCGUCACGCAACGCAACGAGGCCUGCAUCAAUUGCAACAACUUCACGGGGGCCAUGGAAAUGAUCACGGUAAUACCAUCAGAGCCAAGGGAGCGCCACUAACGAUUCAAGGCUUUCGCAGCAACCCCAAGGAUCCAGAGAGCCACAUUCUUUUCUUUGACAUCGAGGGCCUCAUAGUCCAAUUAUUGAGCGAUGAGUACGGGGCUAUGACUCCCGGAACGCUAGAAGCUCAGGGCUUAGUUAAUACCACGGAGUAUCAGAAAGUUACUGCGCUUACGCGCUCAGCAAGCCCUGAUGCGCAUAAGAAGAUUGCAGACUUUUUCGGUCGCGUCAAGGAUAAGGCGAGCGACAUGGAGCGUGUGCUAAAGGAAAAGGACCGACACGGUAUUAUUGCUAAGAUGAAGGAGGGUGCGGAGAAUGUGCAAACCAAAAUUCAGGCCAAGGUGGAGAGCGUUGGCCUGAAACUCGAAGGCAAAGGUGAUGGCUGGAAUAACGACGGCGGUAAAAAUUCUCUGAAACGUAACGGAGUCUUCAACGAGCCAAACACGACGAUGGAAAUAGCUCAGCUGUUGCUUAGUUUGCUCCAUGCCUGGGGUAUAGAUCCGGACCUGGAUAGAGUCUGCGAAGGGAAAUUGGGCCUGCUGAGACCUAUGGUACCCGUAUCCUUCGGUGUACUGUCCAAAGGAGACUACAUGUCGUUUUUGCUUCCCACAUGGCAAACUCAUUUGGAGCAUGCAAUCGAGGAGCCAAUAACACAAUUGGAGCAACGUCUACCGGUUGAACUAGUCAGGCAGGAAAGGCUGACGCGAGCCUUCACCUCGCGGGCACACUGGGAGCUCUCCACCACUCUGACCAGCAACCAUUUAUUGUCCGUGGUGGCCCUGUCCAAUACUCUCAUGUCGAUGAAUAAUGCGACGUUUGUUCCUGAACAAGAAAGAAAUCGGAAAAUGCACAGGCCAGGAAAUAGGCCAGUCAAUUGGAAUAAGGUGGAGGAGGAAAGCGAAGAAAUGUAUACCGUGCAGCAGGCACAAAUCAAGCAAGGCUGGUCCUUGUUAGCUACUUUACACUGUGUGCUAUUGCCAGACAAAGUUUCUGCCAUAGGAGGAUCAAAGACGUUCAAAAAACCUCAGGUUGAAAUGAUGGCCCGUCGUUGGCAACACCAGUGUGUCGAGAUAAGAGAAGCAGCUCAGGCCCUCUUGCUCGCUGAAUUGGCGCGAAUGGGACCGAAGGGUCGAAAAGCUUUGGUGGAUAAUUGGGCACAGUAUUUGCCAAUGUACAGUACUCAGGAGCCUAUCGCUCCGCAGCCUCAAAAUCAAAGUCCAUCGUCCGGUAGUCCUCCACCCAACCAUGAGCUUCAAGAGCCAGAAGACGACGAAGAGGAAGAACUUGCUGAAGAAUUGAGUAUAUCGAGGAAGCCUUCGAGCGCCGCAGAACUGAAGCGCAAGCAAACUACGGCCGUUGUGUUGUUGGGUGUCAUUGGAGCUGAAUUUGGACAGGAUGUGGCUGUGAAUAAUCAGAAGAAAGACAAUGAUCAAAGACGUAAAAGCUCUGUUGUCGAAGGCUUUGGCAUUGGAAACAACAAUUUAUCGAGACUUACUAGUAUGGCACUGACGCAUCUGUUGUAUGCACAACAUUCGCCAAAGCUGCCGAUGCACACGGCGCUGAGACGAGCAGCCAUAGAUCUCAUUGGCCGUGGAUUUACCGUCUGGGAACCAUAUCUCGAUGUGUCAAGAGUUCUCUUAGGCCUACUGGAAAUGUGCUGUGAUGCUGAUAAGCUUGUGCCAAGCAUGACCUAUGGCCUACCGCUGACUCCAGCUGCGGACAGCUGUCGAACGGCUCGUCAUGCCCUAACUUUGAUUGCAACUGCACGACCAGCUGCUUUUAUUACGACGAUGGCAAGAGAAGUAGCUAGGUAUAACACGCUUCAGCAAAACGCACAGACCCUCAACGUCAAUCUGGGAGCCAAUGUACUUGCCAGAGCAAAACCAGAGAUACUGAGAAUUGUUGAGCAGCUCAUUGAUAAGAUGCAAAACGAGAUGAGCGAUUUGUUGGUAGAGGUGAUGGACAUAAUUUUGCACUGUCUGGAUCCUGGACACUUGAAGACCAAGCCUUUGAAUGACGUUUUCCCAGCCAUUUGUAGAUUUAAUCAAGUAAGCCAUCAUCCGGCAACGCGCAGAAUAGCUGUUGGUAGUCGCACGGGCCAUAUUGCUCUUUACGAAUUGCGAGGUACUGUCAAGUGUCAGUCCAUCAUAGCCCACCAAGUUCCAGUAACUGCAUUAGCAUUUUCUCCUGAAGGAAAAUAUCUUGUUAGUUAUUCGUGCAAUGAAAAUAAACUGUGUUUCUGGCAGCAAAUAAGUAGCGGAAUGUUUGGCCUAGGAAAUUCUCAAAUUCGCUGCAUCAAGUCGUACAGUACUGCCCCGAUAAAUGAUGUUGCACGAUUAAAUCCAAUGAGAUUAGCUCGUCUGAUAUGGAUUAACAAUCGAACGGUGACCCUCAUGCUAGCCGACAGUUCGGAAACUCGCUUUAACGUUUGAAUUUCCGUUAACUUUUUCAUCAUGGAGUUUAAUGAGGUAAAAAAUCGACACGAAGAGAUUGAGAUUGUCUUUACUGUAAGUAGGAUUUUUACAUAUCUAUUAUUCAAACAUGUGAUUGUAAACCAAAAAAUAUGCUAGAAAUUCUCCUAUUUUCUCUAUUAAACUAUAAACCUUGAUAUGCUGAAAGCAGAAUAAAUUAGAACCGAUAAAAGUACAAAUACUACGGUGAUGGUCAAUGAAACAAAUAUUCUCGUCUUGAAUUUGUUAAAAAUCUUGAAUUAAUGAUUCAGAGAAUUUUUGUUGUUGUGUUGAGUCAAUCUCAAUGAUGCCAUUGAAAAUAUUUCCAAAAUUGUUUAAACUUUUAGAAUAUCGUCUAAAAUUAUCGAUGUAAAAUCGUACUUAUGUGUAAAUUAAAAUCAGCAGCUCAGCUCUAAUCUGUACAUAAAUGACCGCUAAUAAAUUGCGUGAGUGGGAAUGAUUCAGUACUUGAAAACUUUUCGCUUAAAAUAAUUGAGAACAUAAAUUAUAAAAGAGUGGUCGAUAUGUUGAUUGAAGAUACCGGAUUUUAUAAAAAAUAUAUAUUUGUUAAAUUUAUUUUGCAAGUUUACAAUUUGUUGAACAACGUCUACGGAAUAUAGAAUCAAUAAUUCCAAGCUUGCAAGCAAUAUUUUUUUACCGACAUUGACAUCGAUGGACUUUCGUCAUAAAAACAUCAGCUAUAAUUUUUCAUGAAAAUAUUUAAUUAUUGUAACCCCGAAAGUUUCUGAUGAAAAGUAGAUUUUUUUUAAGAUCGAUAAGAUGAUUAAUAACAUAAGCUGAACUCACUUAUGUCGGCUAUGGCAAUCUUUUGAUUGUUUCUAUUUUAUCACUUAUUUUUCUCAAUGAAAAUUACGUGCUAAAAUUUUGAGACGUGAAAACAUUACAAAAAAUAGUUACUUCCCGCGAUAUCAAGUAAUAAUUUUCUUGAAAAUAUUUGAAAAUGAAAAAUAGCCCAAUGUAACUUCUGUUUUAUCGUUUAUUGGUUAUAAGUAUUCCUUUCCACGGGCGAAAUAUUUUUUUACCAACAACCGAUACCCAAACUCCAGUCAUGCGAAAAAUAACUACCAUAAUUUAUCCUUACCGUUGUCUAAUUCUCACGCGGUCUAAUCAAGCGUGGUGACAAUAAAGCGGCUAGUUUAAUUAUACCACUUGUUACCUCUUUAAUUUUAACUAUGUAUAGAACAUCGUUAGGUUCUUCGUUACAUAAACAUAAUCUGAAAACAUAGUAUUACACUUGCAUCCAUACAGAUUAUAUAAAUAUAUAAUAAAUUGUAUAAAAACUGCAUAUGAAUAACAAUAAUAAAUAGUACAUAACGUAACUUAUGGUUAUCCUAUCGUGCGAAUUGUAACGCACUUAUGAAUCUUUGACUUGCUGGCGAGCAAAGAAUGCUUACAUUGAACUUUUUUUUUUUUUUUUUUUAUAAUAAUUUUGCGUUCGUGUUACCUAUGGUGCGGCGUUGUUAUAAAGUGCAAUUUCACACAGUAGUGAAUAACUUGUUGUUUUACUUUCUCGUACCACCAACUGUUUUAUCGAAAAAUCUUGUUUUGGUGUAUACAAUAAGCACAGCAUGCUACACAAGUGAUGUAAGCUGUGCUUCGAAAGUAUUGGCAUGUAGGCAGUAGUAACCAGACAGAUACGUCAACCUGUUAGUCAGUGGCAUUUUUGUAUUAAUUUUAUCGCAAGAGUUAAUUGUUAUUUAUCAAUACUAACCAAUUAAUAUACUCUUACAAGUACGUAAAGCUGUAUAAAAAAAAAAAAAGCUGAGGCUUUUCUCCUACCAAGCUUUGAAAGUUAGUUUUAAAUUAUUUUCCUAAAAACUAAUCUUGUCAACGAGAUGAGCAAUCAAUCGUAACAGUCAUGUUGCUAUUGAGCUUUUCCGUAAUGUACGUGAGUUUGAUCAAACGUGGAUACUUAAACGUAAACAUCAUUCCAUGUCAGUUGAACGAGAUAAUUAUACAAUGCCAAUAACGUUCGACUUGAAGUUUUGGAAUUUAAGUAUAAUAGGUGUGGGUGUAUAGUCACCGAGUCUUUGAUCCUGGAUUAAAUAUUCAUGCUUAACUUAAGAAAAAAAAAAAAAAAAAAAAACAAACAAAUCAUUGAAUGUUGCAUCGAAUUUGAUAGUAAAUUUGGCAGGUUCAUCCCACCUUACGCACUUGCUCCAACGAAAGUAUAAAAUAUUUAUUAUUGUUAUUAUUCUUGUGAUUUUCAUUGGGAUGUGAAAUUGUGCGUGUCACGUGAUGAGCCUACGCCAAAAAAACUGCCUUUAAAUGAAAAUAUAAAAAAAAAAACUUUGUUAUCGAUGAUAACCAAUUGUACCAUAGAUAAUCAAAUUUGCGGAUUAUUAUUAUUAUUAUUAUUAUUACCAUCACUAUUAUCAAUGCACGUGUAAGAAAGCGAAUGAGAAGCGAAAAAGAAAACAAUAGAGCGCGUUAUAUAUAUUUGUUGUUAUUGUUAGUGUGUAUUCGUCAAGCGUAUUUAAUAAGCAUACCUCUACCGAGGACAGUGUAUUACCGAUGGAUUAUUAUAU